AUGGCCACUGAGGCCUCAGCAGCUUCGCAGGGAGCCGCUUUCAACAUUGCACAACCACCCAAAUAUACCUUGGCCAGUUUGAGAACGUUUCCAUCGUUAGAGCCCCAUACUUUUGUGCCCUUACCAGCUAGUUUUAUGGAUGCUCCUACCAGAAGGGACUUUUUGUGGAGCGCUGUAGUAUAUGAAGCCGACAAGGCCCGUGUUGGAUCCGGAUAUGUACCCACCAAGGGCGAUAAGUUGUUUUCUAACAAGAAAUUGAGACCACAGAAGGGUUCUGGUAAAGCCAGAGUUGGUGAUGCCAACUCUCCUACCAGAGAUAAUGGAAUUAAGGCUCACGGGAUCAAGGCUCCACACGACUGGUCUACUGGAUUGAAUAGCAAAGUCUACCACAAGGCAUUCCAAGCAGCAUUCUCGGAGCAAUACAAGAACGGCAAGGUGUUUGUCAUUGGCGGAGACCAAGUAGCUUCUGAAUACGAUACGACAGAGUUGGACUUUAAGUACGAACACCCUGAAGCUACCAGACAGUUUGUGCAGUCGCACAAUUUACAGAAGUUGAACUUGCUCUUUAUCACUGAUGCGCAGAGAGACAACUUGAUAAACUCCACCGAGUACAUUGGCAAGAGAGCCAGUGUGUUGGUCAAGGAGGCUGUAGAGGUCAGAGACCUCUUGAAGGCCAAUAGAAUAUACAUAGAGUUGCCAGCAUUGCAAUGGUUCAUUGGCAGAUACUCGCUUGAGUAG